AUGUCUGGUGUUUAUCGAUUUCCGAAUCGGGAAAACUAUUAUGGUCCAACUUCUUCACUUUGGCUUCAGGCUUUCCCCACCAACUCUCAGUCGGGUCGCACUCUUGGUGGCUCUCGCUUUGCAUUUUGGUAUGCUUCCCCAAUCCCUCAUUCUGUCCUGAAUUUCACCAAAGUGCCUCGGUUUGCCGACCGGGUGGAGCUCGAUAAGCAGUCUUGA